GCGGGCAGAGCCGGCGGCUGGACCGCGGCCCCUCCGGUACCGGCAGCGGCUCCGCGCCCCGCCCGGCCCCGCCGAGCCGCCGCCUGCCCGCGCCGCAGCACAGGGGGCAGCCAUGGGCAAGCACAGCAGCAAGCUGGCCCCGGAGAUGCUGGAUGACCUGGUGAGGAGCACGGAGUUCAGCGAGCAGGAGCUGAAGCAGUGGUACAAGGGCUUCCUCAAGGACUGCCCCACCGGCAUCCUCAACCUGGAGGAGUUCCAGCAGCUCUACAUCAAGUUUUUCCCCUAUGGAGACGCCUCCAAGUUUGCCCAGCACGCGUUCCGCACCUUUGACAAGAACGGGGAUGGCACCAUCGACUUCAGGGAGUUCAUCUGUGCCCUGUCUGUCACCUCCAGGGGCACCUUUGAGCAGAAACUCAACUGGGCCUUCGAGAUGUAUGACCUGGACGGGGAUGGGAAGAUCACGCGCCUGGAGAUGCUGGAGAUCAUUGAGGCCAUUUACAAGAUGGUGGGGACUGUGAUCAUGAUGAGGAUGAACCAGGACGGGCUGACCCCCCAGCAGCGAGUGGACAAGAUCUUCACAAAGAUGGACAAGGACAAGGACGACCAGAUCUCCCUGGAGGAGUUCAAGGAGGCCGCGAAGAGCGACCCCUCCAUCGUCCUGCUCCUGCAGUGUGACAUGCAAAAAUAGAGCCCUGGUGCUCAGGGCUGGACUGGCUGCAGCCAAACUCUGCCCCCUGUGAUGGUUUCAAUUCCCCCUUUUUCCCCCCAUUUGGCCCCAGGCAUGAGCCACCUUCCAUCCCUCCUGCUGCCCCUGCUCCGGCUGCAUCCUGGGCAGUUGCACACCCUGGAGGUCAGAGCUUGCUCUGAGCACUGUCAGCCCUCUCCCAGCCUGGAGAUGGAUGCCCUGCAGCCCCUGGUGUGUCCUGGCUGACCAGGGCCAGCUGUUCCCACAUCCCUGCUGCUUUCUCCCUGCUUUCCCCCACUGCUCCACCUGCCCCAUUCCCUGUUCCUAACUGAGACCAGCUCUGUCCCAUUUCUGCUGUUUUCUCCCCACUUCUUGGCUUGUGAAGUCUCCAGGGAGGCUGAAAAGCCCCAGGUCCUGCUCCUGGUCCUUCCUUCACUGGCAGUUCCCUGGAAGGCUGCCUGGAGAGGCCAGGGCAGGGUCUUGCACCAGCUUUAGCUCUUCCACCUCUAUUUUCCCUGCUGGGAACAGCCAGGCAUGGUCAGGACACUCCAGCAGAGAACAGAAGUGUCCAAAGCCAGCCCUGGAUGUCCCAUCCCAGCAGCCACCCUCCAUCCCAUCAGGUGGGUCAUGUCCCCAUCUGCCCUGGGUGCUCUGUGGCAUUUCUGACCCUCCUGGAAACGGAGGUGAGGCCUGCAGUGCCAAGCUGGAGGCAGGCUCAGGGCUGUGGGUGUGGAAGGCAGGUCCUGGUGCUGCUCCUGGGUGCGUGGCACUGCUGUGGGGACAGCUGGAUGGGGGCUCUGGGGAGGUGUGGAUGGGUCCUGUUCCUGCUGAGCCUCCUGGAAAGGCUCUGAGGCCACAAGAAACAAAUCUGUCUCCUUCCUCCCUGCUCCCAGCCUGCUGCAUCCACCCCUCCUGUCCCAGGUCAGUGUUUCGUCCGCACAUUGUGGUGUUGGUGGCUGUGGUGUCUGUUAGGAGAUGGUGAAGUCCUUACUUAUUUUUUUAAGGGAAAAAUAAACUGUUCCCUGUGUGUGGUGCC